AUGGUGACAGAUGGAAUUAAGAAAUGGACUGUAACUGCCGCUCUUUCCGUUUGGAACUCAACGGUCUUCGGCAGUAUUCACAAACGUAAAAGAACUCUUCUUGCUUGUCUAGGUGGGGUACAACGUCGGCUCGCUCUCCGCUAUCAUGGUGGGCUGUCCAAACUCGAACAUAAGCUUACUGCGGAAUAUCAAGACACUCUAUACCAGGAGGAACUCUUGUGGUUUCAAAGAUCGAGAGAGGAGUGGAUUGUUUCCGGGGAUAGGAAUACGAAGUAUUACCAUGCGGCAGCAUCAAUUCGGAAGGCGCGGAAUACAGUUGUCUGCCUUCGGAAUGAGGAAGGGGAGUGGAUGAGUGACCAGGUUAUUCUCCAACGUCAUGUUCGAAAUUAUUUUAUUGGGCUAUAUACUAAUGAUUCCGCAAUUCGGGACGUGACUCUUUUGGAGGGUGAGUUCCCGUCGGUUAGUCAGGAGGAUUGGCGGUGGUUUAACUCGCCUUUAACCCAGGAGGAAGUCCGUUGUGCUCUUUUUGAUAUGGCACCUUUCAAGGCACCUAGGCCUGACGGGUUACAUGCUGGCUUUUAUCAGCAUCUGUAG